GUCGGUAGGCGGGGCGCGUGGCCUGGGCGGAGCGAACGGUGUCAGCGGCGGAGCCGGAUGCGGGCGGUACUGCCGCCGCCGCGGCCCUAGGGAUGGGCGGAGCCCCGGCCGCUGGUGCUGGUGGCCGCCGCCGCUGCCGGAACCUGAGCCGGAGCCGCCGCCUCUGCCGCCGCGCGUCGUUGCUUCGCAAGGCGGCGGGAUGCUGGGGAAAGGGGGAGUCGGCGGUGGUGGCGGCACUAAGGCGCCCAAGCCCUCCUUCGUGUCGUACGUACGCCCUGAGGAAAUUCACACAAAUGAAAAGGAAGUAACAGAGAAGGAAGUCACUCUUCACUUGUUGCCAGGUGAACAACUGCUUUGUGAAGCCAGCACAGUCCUGAAGUAUGUGCAGGAAGAUUCCUGUCAGCGCGGCGUCUAUGGGAGACUCGUCUGCACUGACUUCAAGAUUUCCUUCUUGGGGGAUGAAGACUCAGCCUUGGAUAAUGGUGGGGAAACUCAGUUUAAGAAUAAGAUCAUAGGAGUAAAUGAUGUUCCACUCCACUGUGUGGAUCAGAUUUAUGGAGUAUUUGAUGAGAAAAAAAAACCUCUGUUUGGACAACUGAAGAAGUACCCUGAGAAGCUUGUUAUCCACUGCAAAGACCUGCGGGUGCUCCACUUCUGUCUGAGGUACACAAAGGAGGAGGAAGUCAAAAGGAUUGUCAGUGGCAUAAUCCAUCAUACCCAGAGUCCCAAACUGCUGAAAAGGCUGUUUUUGUUUUCCUAUGCAGCUGCUGUACAUGACACAGCCGCUGAUCCCAGGAACUAUACUGUCAUGUUUGACACACCAAAAGACUGGUGUUGGGAGCUGGAGCGGACCAAGGGUAGUGUGAAGUACAAAGCAGUGAGUGUGAAUGAAGGCUACCGAGUCUGUGACAGGUUGCCAGCAUACUUUGUUGUCCCCACUCCCCUUCUGGAAGACGAUGUGAAGCGUUUUCAGGGCCAUGGUAUACCAAUCUGGUGUUGGUCCUGUCACAAUGGAAGUGCCCUUUUGAAAAUGUCAGCACUGCCCAAAGAACAGGAUGAUGGUGCAUUGCAGAUUCAGAAGAGCUUCUUGGAUGGAAUUUACAAGACUAUCCACAGGCCACCCUACGAAAUGGUUAAAACUGAAGACUUAUCAAGCAACUUCCUGUCCCUGCAGGAGAUCCAGAGUGCAUACUGUAAAUUUAAGCAGCUGUUUCUGAUAGAUAACAGUUCGGAAUUUUGGGACACAGAUAUAAAAUGGUUUUCUCUCUUAGAAAGCAGCAGCUGGCUUGAUAUAAUCAGACGCUGCCUGAAGAAAGCAAUUGAGAUUACGGAAUGCCUGGAAGCACAGAACAUGAACGUCCUCCUCUUGGAAGAGAACGCUUCUGACCUCUGCUGCCUCCUCUCCUCUCUGGUGCAAGUGAUGAUGGAUGCCCACUGUCGAACCAGGACUGGGUUCCAGAGCCUCAUCCAAAAGGAGUGGGUCAUGGGUGGCCACUCUUUCCUUGACCGCUGUAACCAUCUCCACCAGAGCGACAAAGAGGAGGUCCCUGUGUUCCUGCUUUUCUUGGACUGUGUCUGGCAGCUGGUGCACCAGUAUCCCCCAGCAUUUGAGUUCACAGAGACAUACCUGACUGUUCUGUCAGAUAGCCUGUAUAUACCUAUUUUUAGUACCUUUUUCUUCAACUCACCUCAUCAAAAAGAUACUAACAUGGGUAGGGAAAGCCUGGAUUCACAAAGCAAGCCUUUGAGUCUGCUCACCGUGUGGGAUUGGUCAGUACAGUUUGAACCCAAAGCACAGACAUUGCUCAGAAACCCUCUCUAUGUGGAAAAGCCAAAACUGGACAAAGGCCAGCGGAAAGGAUCACGUUUCAAACAUCAACGACAACUUUCUUUGCCACUUACCCAGUCUAAGUCAUCUCCCAAAAGAGGAUUUUUCAGGGAAGAAACAGAUCAUUUAAUCAAAAACCUUCUAGGCAAGAGAAUUAGUAAACUUAUUAACUCUUCUGAUGACCUCCAGGACAACUCUCGAGAGUUCUAUGACAACUGGCAUAGUAAACCCACAGACUACCACGGCCUGUUGUUGCCUCACAUUGAGGGGCCGGAAAUCAAGGUGUGGGCUCAGCGCUAUUUACGUUGGAUUCCAGAAGCCCAAAUCCUGGGUGGUGGCAGAGUGGCCACUAUGGGCAAACUCUUGGAGAUGAUGGAGGAAGUGCAGAGCUUACAGGAGAAAAUAGAGGAAAGACACCACAGACAAGAGGCUGUCCAUGCACAGGCGCCCCGCCUGCUCAGGAACUCUGCCCGCCUGUCUUCCUUGUUCCCUUUUGCACUGCUCCAGCGACAUUCAGCCAAGCCUGUCUUACCCACCAGUGGCUGGAAAGCUUUAGGAGGUGAAGAUGACCUGGCCAAACGAGAAGAUGAGUUUGUGGACCUAGGAGAUGUGUGACCUGUCUCCUCAGGGACUGUGAAAGAGGCACACUGUACGGUGGGACAGUUGUUCCCUGGACUGGUGUCACAAUGUUAGCCCAGUGCUAUGAAGGAGAGAGCAGAGGCUUUUGGGAAGAGAGCUGGUUCUCCUUUUCUUCCACAGUUUUGGAAGACAACACAAUGAAAGCCAUGCUCUGGUAUGCAUAGGAGGGAGUUCCUCCCUGACCUGUCAUAGGAUUGGGGUCGUCUCCUGUCAUCUGUAUUAUAUGUACACAAAAUGGCUCAUGGCCAGGCUGGCGGGAGAGCUUCCUCCUGUUCUUUCUGUGCCAAGAUAAUUAUGUAGCCAUUCUGAACAAGAGUAAGGGCAACUUUCAGUGGCAUCUGGAUGGGGAGAGACAGAGGUAUUAAGGGAUGUGCUUUGACUUAAACCAUAGCGUAUUCCAGCGCAUGCAUGCAUGCACACACACACACACACACACACACACACACACACACACACACACACACACAGCCCAUAGAAAACUUGGACAGUUCUGCUGGUGUCAUCCAUCCUAACAUUCAGUCCCUCCUUCCUGGACUGUAACAAGGCUUGGGGGGUGGGGCAGCCACCUUGCCUUUUCCUUUGCUGUCAUCCCCACCUUACCUUUUCCUGCUCCGUGUUACUCUGUGAGUCCAUGUUGGUGCACAUCGUCCCAGGGUCCUGCUGCUGUGACCUGUUGACUAAACUGGGGGACAUCCUCUGUCCCCAAAAGGAAGCUCAUUCCUUGGAGCCCUCAGUUUGGACCACACAUUUGGCCCUCUGCUCGAAUACCAGCACCUGGACUGUGCCUCUCUGCAGCCCCUCAGCUGGUCCUCUUGCCGUCCCCAUUACCCUCACAGAUGCUGGGGCAGGCAGGUCAAUUUGAAUGUGGCUUUCACAGGAAAGCAGUCAUGUCAGAAGCAAUUAUCAUGGGAUGCCUCAGUGAUUUAAAAAGCCAUAGAAGAAACUUAGCUCUGCCUAGUCACCUUGGAUCUGCUGUUUUAAAGUUAUAUAUUUUUUAAUGUUUGAAAGCAUACUUUGUAAGGCUCAGUCCUAUCAUUCUUAACAGAGCCCUGUCCAGUCCCACAAAAGGUGUGGAGAGUGGGAGUGGGCGAGGGACCUCAUUGAGACUGCCUCAAGUGUUUGCCUUUUAUCUGUAUUUGCUGGUCAGGAAAGGUCCUGUUGAGGACAUCUCUGUUGCUCAUGGGCAAUAAGGCAUUUUGAAACUUCACAAAGAGUCCUUUCUGAUUGCACUGAAUCAUCUCUCAUACAUAGUGAUCAUUUUUCCUCCUCCCCCUGCACAAUAACACACAAUCCGGGUUGGUGUGUUGACCCAGCAUGUUGGGAGGAGGUCAAGAUUUGUGUUUCUGGGGCCAAAUGCUGCACUCAGUCUCGGUUGCCUUAAAAGUCUUUCAGGCCAGGUCUGUGCUAGGCUUGCGCUAGGAAUUUAGAACACACCAGUUCCUUCAUUCCCUUUACCUGCAUUCCCCUGGCUCUCAACUAGCACUAACCGCCACGUCCUCAGCCUCUGCUUCCCAAGUCCUCAGCAGAGAAAACUAUUUUUGUUACCAUAUUAUAACGUGAAUAUUUAUAUGGUAGCCUCUACAGUCUUAGUGAUUUCCUUUCCAAAAAAUGCCUCUUGUGAUGUUUUAUACUUCACAAAAUAUGGCUUAAAGGCACAAGGUCAUGACCCUUGUUAUAGCAGUGAAUGUUCAUUGAAAUAUUUUUCUAUUUUUUUUUAAAUCGCAAUAGAAAAAGUAAACAAGCUGUUGCAAUCUGUGUGGUUUAACAACUUAUGUAUUUAUAUUUGAAGCCAGAUUUCUAUAACUUGUAUUUGUGUACAGAACUUCCCAUGGGUUUAUAUAUUGUGUAUUUUUAUUCAAGAUUGAGAUGUGGAUUAUGCUUAACAUUAAAAGAAAAAAUAAGACCAUUGUUUAAAACAUACUGUGCAAGUUUGGAAGUCUCUGUUAAUAAUUUAGUGUAUAUAAUACUUGCAUUUGUUUAGACCUCCAUGUUUUUACACUGAAGAUAAGCUAGCUUUAAUUAAAUUUUAAAAAUUUAAGGCGAUAAGCUGUUAGAUGGAGUCAGUUUAAAUGUGCAGUUUAUUUUCUGGGUGUUAAUGAAAGUUUAUACUUGUCUCACUGCACUGUAGUUGACUGCAGAGAUUAAAACACAACUUCAAGCA